AUGAGUUGUCCCUUCAAUGAAGAGCAGUUAGCGCAAUUAAAGGCCUUUAUUGAGCUAUGCAAAACUCAGCCACAAAUCUUGCAACAUCCAAAGCUAUCUUUUUUUAAAGAUUACCUCGUGUCUCUUGGAGUCACAUUACCAACCGCAACUUUUGGCACUAAACAUUUUACUCAUUCUGGAGACGGUGCUACCGAUAACAAUGAAGCUGCUGAUAAUGCCCAAUCUUCAUCAGGAGAGGACAGCGAGCCUGAAUCAGAUGUUGAACUUAAUAUGGAAGGUGUUGUAGAAGGAGAUCCUAUUGAUAACAAUCAACUAAUGGGUGAGCUUGGAAAGGAACCUACUGACGAAGAACGUGACCAAUCGGACGAGAAGCGAUCAGAAGCUAUGAAAGCUUUCUCAGAACAAAACUUUGAAGAAGCCAUCAAGCUGUAUACUGAAGCUAUCCAACUUAACCCGCAAAGUGCAUUAUUAUUUGCUAAAAGAGGACAGGUAUAUCUAAAAUUAAACAAACCAAAUGCGUGUAUUAAAGAUUGCACACGUGCUCUGGAAUUAAAUUGCGAUAGCGCUGCUGCAUAUAAGUUCAGAGGACGGGCAUACAGGUUAUUGGGCAAAUUUGAAGAAGCGUCCCAUGACCUGUGCGAGUCACUAAAAAUUGACUAUGAUGAUCAAACCAAUGAAUGGUUGAAUGAUGUCAAACCUAAUGCAGAGAAACUGCGUCAACACAAGCUCAGUGUCCAGCGUAAAAAGGAGGAAAAAGAGCACCGUGAAAAGUUACGUCGUCUUCGUAAGGCGCAGGAGGCGCGUUCUAAUGCAGCCAAGGCCCAAGCCAAAGCACAUGCUCACACAGCUCCUGGUGGCAUGCCAGGACCUGGUGGAUUUCCUGGUUCUGGAAUUUCUAACGAUGAUUUGACCAGUCUUCUAAUGGACCCGGAAGUUGUAUCUGCUUUCCAGGACCCUGAAAUUAUGAAUGCCUUUCAAGAUGUAUCCGCAAACCCUGCCAACUAUAUUAAAUAUCAGAAUAAUCCAAAGAUUACUGCAGCAUUCCAAAAGUUACAAGGAAAGUUUAGUAGAGUUGGCUCUAUGCCUUUCAGUGGAGGCUUCCCAGGAUUUGGAAGAGCAGGUGCCGGUGGACCAGGUGCCGAACCAAAAGCUACAGAUGAUGAUGUGGGCCUUGAU